GCAGAUUUCCGGUCAGCAAAUGUUCGAAAAGUGCGAGGUCUGCGACCAUACCGAAUUUACGGUCGAUGCCGGCUUUCAUUACUGCAUGGAAUGUGGCACUAAGUCGCAACAACAUGGACAGGAAUUGAUUGACGAAUGUAUGGACAACCUGCCCUCGCAGGGAGCAGCAACUAUUAAAUUGAAGAAGGAUAAAAAAAUAAAACGCAUAACCAGCUGGGAGCAGGCUAACUACGUCCUGCUUGGCUAUGCAGAACGUCUCGUGGCUUUAGGUGCCGGAGAAGAUUUCAAACUUACGGUACUGCAACUUUGGACUACCUACCUACGUCGCAUAGAGGUUGCUUUUUUCAGCAAGGAUAAACCGGAACGACCAAGAUUACAUGUGUUUCACCGAAAGAUUGAUGCGGAAAUAAUCUACGACCGAAAAAGAGUUCGACGCAAGACGCGUAGUAAAAAAACUCCAACCAAUAGCGAAGUACAAUCGGAAGGGGCGGGAUCGUCGUCGGUGGUAAGUCGGCUGUCUUCAAUUCGAAAGGCUAGAGCCGAUCAACGGCAACUGUUGAAUGCUGAGUAUGAAUCCUACCGUACAAGCCAGCGUUCGGAUGUAAACGCUUCUUUACAUGAGCUUUCGAUUCAGUCACUGAAUUCAAGCCGAACGGCCGAGAGCAGCGAAAGAACGACCGCUCGAAAGAUACAGUAUUCUCGUUCAGCUAGAGUGAUCAUGAAGCGUAAGUUGAAAAUGAGUACUGGACACAUUAAUCGGCAUGAGAGAGAUGUUGAAGAACAGUUGUCCUGUCAUCAGCUUCAAAGAGGAGUUCGCAAAAGUAAAUCAAACACUAGUGGCGUAACAGUACAAACAUUUGAUGGACAAGAUCCAGAAAAUUUAAAAGGUUCGUUGUUGGCAGCGAUUCUGUGUUUGGCGUUGAACGUAAGUAAGAGCGACCUUCAAAUGGCGGAUUUGGCUCGGUUCUAUAGGGAGGAUCAUUUUUCGCAGUCAAAUCUUCUGCAGUAUCUUCCUGAAAAACUGGAUCCUAGUUGUUACAGUGAAGUAUUACCCACGCUCAAAAACACGACCAUCUCACAUGAAGAAUUGCGAUUGGCAGUGGGUAGCUUGACAAAUUUCUUGCAUGUUGAACCUGUUGCACCAAAUUUGCUAAAGCUUUGUAAACGAUAUUUGGAAGAACUUUGCCUGCCAAUGGAUUUAUCAAUUUAUCUUGAACGGCUGAUGGCUGUGUUUCCUCCACAAAUCAGAUUUGAUGGAGGUUUUAAGUUUCCAAAUUUUGAAGGACGCUGCAUGGCCUUUAUAAUUUUUAUACUGAAACUUUUGUUCGGUGUAAACGAUUGCACCGAAUUAAAAAUGUCGAAAUCGGCUUCUAAAUUGAAUCGAAAAAUGGCCGGCUUGGGGCUGUUCGACACAUCCGUGUUUGUGUUUACUGAAUGGAUUCGCUAUCUGGAAAUGCGAAAAGUAAUCCUCAGUCAAGUUAAUCAUUCCAUCAACCGUCUAGUAACGAGAGAUGAGGGCAGUCGACCGAAUGUUGAUUUGUUUAUAGAUUACAUGACACGCAGAAAACAUGCAGAUGAAACCCUACCGCUAAUAUCCUGUUCAUUCGACAAAAAACACAUGUCUAAACUGAAAGAGACAGUAAGCAACAUCGUAGAUACUCACCAUCGGCAAGGUUUGUCCCGUAAUAGUCGGUCGAACAUCGAGUUUGAGCCCAGCUUGACUCCAUACAAGUCUUACUUGGAGCAGUUUCUUCUAGCUCAUAACAAAGACGGAAAAGUUCACGUUCCAGAUUAUAUGCGGCAAGAUCACACUAGCCGUAUUAUAUCUGCUUUCGUUGACUCCGCCGAUUUAAAAUAUUUGCUCCUGUUCAAUCACCAAGUACGACUAGUCACCAAAAAAGCUCCACCCACGGUAAAACUAUUCCACUAUGUGAAAUCAUGUACCGUGACCGAUUUUCUGUCCAACCAGGAACGGCAAGAUCCAUUCAAACGCGCAGAAUAUUGCUCGGAAGCAGAAUGGAAUCCUCCGAAAACACUGGCCCGACCUACACAAACCGAAGACAACACCCAUGAAGCCAUAAUCGAUAGAAUUCUGAUACGCAACGAAACCGAAAGACAGCUGACCGAUAUGAUAAUCGCGUCCCGUCGCCAGGACCAAGAGUCAUCAACUAUUAACGAUCCGGAAGAGAGUACCGUUGCUGCCGAAUCCUCUAGCGAACUCUUCUCGCAGCAAUCGAUGGGAGUCGCACCGAAUCAAACUGCCGAAGCAAUCGCUAGUGGUCGGGGCAAAAGUGUCCAUCUGCUAACCCCGAACUACGACUACUGGGUGCGGUUUUACGGCGGUGGAGAAGCUAACUCGGGGGAAACGUACGACGAGCGGAUUGCCCCUGGGCUGCCGAACAACUUUCGCAUUGUGCUGGAAGAAUGCGCCCGGAUAGUGGAAAGUCGACCCGAGCUACUGUACCGGGAGUUGAUGACGCUGGAGACCUACUUCUUCUAUGCGGUGCAACCCGUCGAACGAUUCUUCCCGUCGGCGACGGGUGACAAUCCACCGGAGGUACUGUUCGAGACCACGCGACCACUCGGUGCGGACCCAAAGCGAGUGUUGUAUGCUAAGAGGAAAUAUUGAGUGAGCGUUUUUUUUUGUAUUGGUAGAGAAAAAAUAUUCGAGUGAAAUCGA